AUGGCGUCCAUCACUCGCCUGCUUCAUAUCUUGCUCUUAUCUUUGAUCGCCUCGUCUGCAAUUGCAGCGCCGACUGCCGAUCAGUCUGAAUCUCAAUCCAACUCGGUCGCCAGCGACAGCACUUUCAGCCAGUAUCUCAACAGCUUCGAGGAGAACCCUCUUCACAAGGCGCUCCAUCUGUUUGACAAGUUCCGCCAUGGAGUGUUUCGUACCGACGAAGAUGCUGCGCAGGCCUUUGAAAAGGAUCCUGAGCUUGCGGAACAUCUCAACCUCGCCAAGAGACAGGGUGUGAGCAAUGCGACGACUGCUGCAGAGACCAGCCAGGCCACGGAACCUGCGACGACCUCUGUAGCUGCGGCCACUACAUCUCAAGCCGAGACCUCUGCCAGCAGCGCCGAGUCGACAUCUGCCGAAACCACCUCUGCUCCGACCACUGCCGCCGCCACGACCGCACAUACAACCGCACAUACGACCGCCGCGCAGACCACAUCUAGCUCUAGCAGCCGUGAAACUAGCUCUAGCAGCAUCCACGUCCUCUCCCGUCACCACUUCGUCGUCUUCUUCCUCCUCGUCGACGUCGUCUUCGUCGUCUUCGUCUACCUCGUCUUCUUCGUCUUCCUCGUCCUCGUCCUCGUCCUCAUCUUCCUCUACUUCCACUCCUGCUUCCACUACUGCUUCUAUUACUUCUUCUACUUCAUCCAUUUCAUCCUCAUCCACGUCCUCAUCUCACACGACGACAGCUUCUUCCACGACCUCGACCGUGCCUUCAACCACGUCUUCGAGCUCCACUUCUACUUCUUCCUCGUCUACAUCUUCGUCGAGCUCGACCUCGCACUCGACGACCAUGCACACCACAACUCGACCAGCGAGGUGACUACGCCCUACACAUCCACCUACAAGAUCACCACCACCCUGCCCAAUGGCCAGCAAAGCACCGUGACCGCCGUGACGGUUGUUCACCCCACCGAAACCGCGAGGGAGGUGGCCACAGCAACCAAGGCCUCUCCGGGACUGCAAACCGACAAUGCCGCGCCCGCCAACGGAUUGGGACGGGAGCUGUUCCUGAUGAUGGGCGGAGCGGCCAUGGUGGCUAUGGCUCUGUAGGCCUGCUCGGACAACAAUAUUUCACCUUGUGCAUAUAUGGCGUUAUUUACAUUUUCAAUCAUGUUUCAUCAUGUUUUUAUGAUACCUCCCUCACGAUCCUUGAACAAGCAAGCAAGCAAGCAUAUUUCCCGGCGUCCAACAAUUGUCUCUCCUUGAAGCGCUUACACUAAGUUAUUUGGGGUUGAUCUUUUUCAUCCGGUUCGGUGUUUAACAGAUCUACUUACGUUUACGUCUCUCCUUUACCGUCAGGAUGACGGACAUACUAUACAUAUUACCAGCGUGUGCAUAUUAGACACUUCACUUCACUUGAAGUGAAAUAUGAAAUAUUACCUGUGAACUACCAAUGAUGAAACUACUUCUCACGAGG